UUGUAGCGUGCACUCGCAUGGCGUGCGGAUCAAAACAUUGUGCGUAUCAUCAAGUGCUUCAAUUGCAGCCGAAACAUGCCGAAAUUCGAUCAUUUAAUUGUAGAUACAGCUGCGUUCGUGAAGAAUGUCCAGUUGCAGAACUACGCAUCGAAUUGCUAUACCGUCCCGGGUGUGAUGGCUGAAAUUCGCAACAACCGGCAAAUGAAACGGCUCGCCGUGCUUCCGUACAAUCUGCAAGUGAAGGAUCCGGACCCAGAUGUACUGGCCAAGGUGGUGGCGAUUGCAAAGAAAACGGGUGACUAUGCCUCGCUCUCACUGGUCGAUCUGCAGGUUAUUGCGCUCACGUAUGAACUCGAAACAAUCCACGUGGGCAGGGACCAUCUGCGCGAUGAGCCGUUGCCGUCCAUAACGGUGGCAGCAGCAACGAAGCCAGACGCUUUCGGAGGAACCCAGCUUUUGAAGGGAUUCUACGUUCCGACGAAAAAAAGCCAGUCGGCAGAUGAAUCGCAAGAGGACGAUGGCGAAAACAUUGGCGAUAUUUCAGAUGAUCAUAGUGAAGCACAAGAACCCGAAACUAUCACUGCAGCGAACGAUGUUCAGGAAAGUUCAAAGGAAUCAGCUUCAGCAGGUGAUACUGCCGAAACAAACGUUAGCGAAGCGAAUGAUGCAGAUAACGAAUCCUGCGAAGAAGAGUACGAUGAUGAUGAUGAAGAAGAGGAGGAUGGUGAAGAUGAUGAGGAUGGCAACGAUGGUGACGAUGAUGCUGGUUGGAUAACACCGAGUAAUAUCAAGCAGGUAAAGCGCGACAUGGGGAUGGAUCUCCACGACGAAACGCCAACCACCGUGGCCUGCAUCACGACGGAUUACGCACUGCAGAACGUGCUGAAACAGAUCGGCCUUCAGGUCGCAGCCCUCGAUGGUCGUGUGAUCAAGCAGGUGCGCACGUACAUACUGCGAUGCUACGCCUGCUUUAAGACGACACCGGACGCAACGAAGGUGUUCUGCCCGAAGUGCGGCAACCGGACGCUGAAGAAGGUUUCCGUCAGUCUGGACGGAGAAGGCAAACAGAUUAUCCACAUCAACAAUCGGCGACCGCUGACGGCCAAGUACAAAAACCGACCGGUAGCCAAGUUCGAAGGUGGCAAGCACGCUGCCAACCCGUUGCUGUUUGCGGAUCAGCCACUGCCACAGCAGCGCAUAUCGGUCAAGGCCCGUUCGAAGACCAACGCGCUCGGUGAUGACUACAUUGCCGGCUACUCCCCGUUCGUGAUGAGAGACGUCGAUUCGCGGUCAGCUGUACUGCGUGGUUCUACUAAUCUGAAACAGAGAAUGAGCAACUACGAGUACGAUAACAAGCGCCGGGGAUAUAAAAAGCCGAUAUAAGGAGAUGCAAACAAGCCUACCUUUCUGUUAUGGCUGAUAGGUAAACCGACGGAGACAUUUAACUGGCAUAAGAUAAGGUUUGAUUGCAUUGUAGGGAUAUAUGUAACUAUCGGCAUAUGUUAUUCAGUAUCCGAUGAUCCGUUCUUUGCUUCGGCAUUACACAUUUUUGAAUAAAAUGAAAGAAUAAUCCUACUUAA